AAUAUUAUUGGCUGUCAUCGCUGUCAUGUUCAAUAAAAUUCAAAACAAAAAAUGUCUUUGCUACCAUCCUUGCUGAAAAACUCAAACGAAGAGACAAAUCAGAAUAAAACUGAAAGAAAUGUGUUCUUCGAAAACUCAGAACUCGACAGUCUGGCCAGACAUUUCGUCAAUAUGCAACGAUACCGCGAGAACAUUAUCAUCCCGAAAAAUCUGGGUCCAGUGGCAAUCAAAACGAGUGAAGAGAAAAUGGUCGAAUCAUUCUUUGAAAGCUGCUUCUUCAAGUCAUUCAUGGCCUGCGUGAUGGGUUAUGGUCUUGGUGCCGCUAUUGGACUUUUUAGUUCGUCCGUCAAUCCCAACAUUGCUGUACCCGGUGUACCAGAAAAACAACAAACCGCCAGAGAAAUCUUCCGUGAAAUGAGGAAAACCACGCAUGGCUAUGCGAAGAACUUUUCCGUCAUUGGAUUGAUGUUUGCAGGAGUCGAGUGCACGAUCGAAUCGUGUCGCGGCAAAAGUGACUGGCGAAAUGGCACAUAUGCAGGAGGAAUAACCGGAGGCUUGAUAGGUCUUAGAGCUGGUGUGAAAGCGGGCAUACUAGGUGCUGCUGGUUUUGCUGCAUUUUCAACAGCCAUUGAUUAUUAUAUGAGACAGAGAUUCUGAGUUGUCGACUACAGUCAAGACAAUUAGUUGUACCAUUUUCGUUGUAGUUUUAAUGUAAAUAAACAAACAAAUUUACAGAA